GUGUUUAGUUCUUAAUGAUAGCUUCUUCAACUUUCCGUUUGAAAAUUCUUUGUGUCCAGUGGGUUACGUUUGAAAUAAUUUGCAAGUACACAAACCUGCAUUGAGUGUGAAAGCAUGCCUGCCUUGUUGAAAAUAAACGGUGGAAGGGAGUACUCUGACAAAACAAACAUUUCUCUUGGAGUACAUGAAGAGCUUCAUGAGAGGGUGGAGAAGAUUAGGAGGGAAUUGGCACAGGGAGUGGUAAAACCAUUCAGAGACAUAAUUGAAGCAAAUGUUGGAGAUUCUUCUGUUGAGGGAGGCAAACAAAUUACUUUCAUCAGACAGGUGACAGCUUUAGCUUGCCUCCCGGAUUUACUUCUGGACUCUGCAUUCCCAGAAGAUGUCAAACACAGGGCCAGAAGUCUACUGCAACAAUGCCGAGGCAACAGUAUCGGUUCACUUACGGACAUUGAAGGCCUGGAGAUGGUACGACGACACAUUGCAGAUUACAUCCGACACAGAGACAGCUGUCCUUCUAACUGGGAGGAUAUCAUCAUAGUGCCUGGAGUCUCAGCAGCUGUCAAGAUUCUCUACAAACUGAUGAACUACACGGCCAACAGAGACACUUUAGCAGUUCUCACUCCAGUUCCUGAGUUUCCUCUGUUUUCCUCUGCUCUUUCACAGUUUGGAAUCGAAAAGGUGCCUUACUACUUGGAUGAGGAGGACAACUGGUCUGUAGAUGUGGAUGGGCUACAACAUGUGUUGGCCGAAACAUCAAACAGCUGUUUGAGAGCUAUACUUGUCAUCAACCCUGGAAAUCCUACAGGUCAAGUCUUGACAACACAGAACAUGGAAGAAAUCGUGAAAUUCGCCAACAGGAAUGAUCUAUUGAUAAUAGCUUGUGAGGUUUAUCAAGACAAUGUUUAUAGAGGAACUUUUAAUUCCUUUAAAAAAGUUGUUUAUCAACUGGGAUCUCCCUACAACCGUACAGAGUUGAUUUCACUCAUGUCAAGUCCAAAAGGUUAUGCGGACACAGGCAUGAGAGCUGGAUACAUGGAACUGUACAAUAUCAACUCCUCAAUUAAACAGUUGCUACGCAGCAGCAUCCAGAUAGCCGAUUCACCCCCCAUCUGUGCCCAGAUAGCACUGGACUGUGUAGCGUGUCCACCCACGCCAGGCCAGCCUUCCUACUCUCUCUUCCACCAGGAGAGAUGGUCUGCUCUAGAAUCUCUCAAGACAAGAGCUAAUCUCGUGAGUGAUGUGAUCAACUCUACUCCAGGGUUGUCCUGUAACGCUUUGCAGGGAGGAUUUUUUGCUUUUAUCAAGGUAGAUGUUCCGGAUUACUUUUUAGAAAAGGCAAAUAGUUUAGGCCGGUGUCCUUCGGCAUUGUACUGUCAAGAGAUGUUGGAACAUGUUGGAGUGGUAACCAACCCUGGUGAAGUGUUUGGCCAGAAACCAGGCUCUCUUCACUUCAGGAUAUCCAUUCUACUUCCCCAAGAAGUGUUGACAGAUGCUCUUCAGAGGAUUCAAAAUUUCCAUCUGAAUUUGAUGAAACACUUUAACUAGUCCAAUUACAUUGGGGCAAAAAUGUUUUUAACUAUUCAAAAACAAUAAAACUAAAUUUUUCUCAAAUG